GAGAGCCACAUACCGAUAACUUGUGUCUGGUGGAAUUGCGAGUUACUUUGUGUACAGCUCAGAAUACCAAUCUCGACAACUUGUUCGCACCGGCCUCAGUUCAAGAUGCCUCAAAGUGGAUAUUCCGCCAGGGACUCUGGCGAAUCUAAGCAUCGUCAGGACAGCAUCAGUUCUUACGAUUCGGAGAAAGACAAGGACACCACCAGAGACAGUCAGUCUGACGAACGUCGCAAAUUAUUGGCCGGUCAUGAGUCGAACCACAAGUCUCGUCACUCGAAGCACCACGCGCCGACUGUAAAUGUUUACACUCAUUGUGGGCGACACACCGACCAGUACCUCUUUGGCGGUUGGUCCAACAUUUUCAAGAAGCAUUAGUCUACCUCUUCCAGAUCGAGGUCAGCUCCGAGAUAAUCUUGUCGAUAACUGCAGUUCUGUUUGAUACAGUUUCUACUCCACGACUGCAUGAUUAGGAUUUAAUUGAAAGUGGCGGCGCAAUUAGAUGGUAUGCGCGGGUCGGAUCAUAUUCAGAACAAUACUUAACUCUAUGUAAUGAUGUAAUUAGAAUGAGAAACGAGAUACGAAUCAAAGUUGGUCAAGCGCACUCUCUUGCC